AUCAGUAUCAGGCUGUUGGGAAGAUGGCGGAUACCUCAAUAUUCGAGGUCACAAGACAGACGCACGAAGAGGUGGAAAGGUAUACACAAGCAGCAGUGGAUGUAUUGGUAUCAUCAAGCACGUCCGAUAUAACAAAGGAUUCGAUACGAAAGCAACAUCAAAUCUCUUCCCUUUUGGAUCGUAUCGUAUCACGAAAUGCAACGCUGUAUAAUCUGUAUGGAGAUGCAUCUGGUGACAUGCAACAAGAACGACUAGUAUUAAGCAAUGCCAGUGCAGGACCUAGUAAUACUAAUGGCGCAUCCGAAACCGAUGACAUGGAGGAAUUCUACAAUCGAUUAAAUAGGAUACGAGACUACCACAAGAAGUAUCCAAAUGCAAUGCCAGAUGCAUUCACUAUAGACACAGAAAAUGCAGAAGGUGCACAAGAUACCGAUAUGGAAAGUGGUAUAGACAACAUUGAUCGAAUGUUCAGUGGAGAAGAGAUGGGUGGACGUUUUAUCGAUCUAUACAUCCAACAUGACGAAUUCUUGAACUUGAAAGGCGUUCGACGGAUCACCUAUCUACAAUAUCUUGAUUCCUUCGAUAGACUGCGGGGAAGCUCAGGGCGUAUACCUGUAGAGAUAAAGCGAUCCGAAGCUUAUCGGACUUAUCUGCAAAGCCUUCAAACAUACCUCUUGAACUUUCUCAGGAAAAGUCGACCGCUGAGUGAUGUUGAUGCAUUGGAAUUGUCAAUCUUGGCCGGCUUUGAACAAGAUUGGUCUGAGGGAAGAGUGGAAGAUUGGGAGAACCAAGGAGAAGAUAGGACACCUGCUGAGACUCAGGCGAGAUCUACAGAUGGGAUAUGGUGCGAAGCAUGCCAGCGAAGUUUUGCCAAACAAACCGUAUUUGAUGCGCAUCUCAAAGGCCAAAAGCAUAUCAAAGCGACAGAGCGAAUGGCUUCAGGUGGUAAUGCAAAAGACAAGCAGGGCCCUUCCAACGAAGCUCAAGAACUAGAAAAACGAAAGCGGAUCAGCAAAGCAAAAGCCAUUGCACGGGAUGAAACGAUGGUGAUCGCAUUGGGACAAGAACUUCACUCCGUUCGAAUUGAGACACGAGCCAAUGUUGAACGAAAAGCUGCUUUGACUGAGCGCGAAAGGCAGGCAGAAGCAGAAGCUUUGGCUGCACAACCUUCUACUCAAGGUGCUGGAGAAGAUACGCAAGCAGAAGAUGAUGAAGAUGAAAACGAAAAGAUCUAUAAUCCACUCAAAUUACCUCUGGGAUGGGAUGGCAGACCGAUCCCUUUCUGGCUGUAUAAGCUGCAUGGACUGGGUGUCGAGUUCAAAUGUGAAAUUUGCUCGGAUUACGUAUACCAAGGAAGGAAGAAUUUUGAAAGACACUUUAGCGAAAGUAGACAUGCAUUCGGCAUGCGUGCACUUGGCCUGCCAAAUACAAAGCACUUCUAUGAGAUCACACGAAUUCAAGAUGCCUUAGCACUUGCUGAUAAGCUGAAAAAGCAAGGCAAGAUUGUCGCUGAUGAACAAGGUGAUGCCGAAGAGGUUGAAGAUGAACACGGAAACACAUAUUCACGCAAAACCUAUGAGCUCUUGAAAAGGCAAGGACUCAUUUGAGAGAGAUGUCUAUCAUACAUUCAUGUAUUUGUACCUUUACCAAAUUUAUACCUGUAUUCGUAAUCAACAAUCACACAGCACAUAGCUCUAAUGAAUG